UCUCUCUACUCUCUCUCCUCAGUGCUCACUGAUCUGAAAAUGGCUGGAAGUGGGCGACGAAGUGCGAGAAGCAGAAUCAAAUACAGACGCCAACGAAGAUCGAACCCCUCUCCGCAAUCCCAAACUCCGAAAGCACAGAAGCAGAGACCACAGUAUCAUUCGCCUCUUAAAUGUUGAUCUCAAAGUUGUUCUAGGGUUUGCUAUCAUCGCGUUCUUGAUUGUCCUUUUCAUGAUUCAUCGACUUAUAAUUGCCGUUGAACAUCCUCAGAAACCCAGGGUCGUGACCCCAUUCCCUGCCCCAAAGAUCAUGUAUCUUCCUCAGAUCCAAGCUUAGUGAGGUGAUGCAAACUGUGCACCGUUUCUUCUAUCUUGCGAAUGAAGAUGGGAACGCUUUGAGUUUGAGUAGGGAGACCUUGAACAUUCGUGAGAAUUCUCUCCUGGCUUUUGGAUCACAAACAGAUGUUGGCAGUUUGAAUCUAAAUUUAGAAUCAAUGGAUGAUUUGGAAGUCCAUUAUUCUGGCUUCAGGACAUCUCACAUUCACAAUUUAUCAGACCUUGUCCAGCAAAAUCUUGGAGCCCAAAUGAGGAAGUUUGGUCGUUUGCAACUCUCAGACACUACCGAUGAUUCUUAUAACAUUUUAGUAUUUCAGAUCUUGGGUAGGAUUUCUUUCAGAACAGAUGUAGCUUUUAUAUCUGGAACUGGCGUAAAAGAUUCAAGACUUAAAGAACGUCUCAGCAGCCGUACAGCUUGAUUCUGAGUCCAUCUCCACUGGUAAGGCUGCAGUUGCGAGUUUGUUGGGUGGAAUUGGCUACUUUUAUGGCCAAU